AUGUCCACGCAGACUGGAAUGGGCGCUUGCUGCCUCUCCGGCGCCAUCCACGAAGGCUCCCCGCAAGGCCGCGAAGAUACCAUCGGCGGCCUGCCCACCUACGUCGCGGAACCGAGCGACAAGUCCACUGCGAAAACGGUGGUCUUCCUCGUCGACAUCUUUGGUUGGAAGUUCAAGAACGUGAGGCUUUUGGCAGACAACUACGCCAAGGCAGGCUUCUACUGCUACAUUCCCGACGUGCACGAGGGUGAUUCACUCCCUAUCGAGUUCCUGCAGAGCGUGGAACCGCCGCUCAAGCAGAAAGAGCAGGAAGGCAUCGUUGACAAGGCGAAGGAGACGGUCGACGUUAUGGCGACGCUGGGCCCUUGGCUGGCGAAGCAUAGAGAAGGUGUCUCGGAGCCGAUCAUCAGCGGCUUCAUUAAUACUGUGCGGACUAUUCCUGGCACGAACAAGAUUGGAACCAUCGGCUUCUGCUGGGGCGGCCGCUACAGCAUUCUCCAAGCCCAUGCGCGGAAAGAAGGCCAAAUCGGUGGCGUCGACGCCGCCUAUGCCUGCCACCCGUCUCUUCUCUCGAUCCCGGCUGACUUGGAAGCCGUCGCGAAACCCACUUCCAUUGCCGUGGGCGAAAAGGACAGUCUACUGGAUAUGAAGUCGGUGGAGCAGAUCAAGGAGACGCUGGAGAAGACUGGUGUUCCCACCGAGGUCAAGGUAUACAAGGACCAGGUGCAUGGGUUUGCCUUGCGAAGCGACUGGAGUACUGAUGAGGAUAAGAAGGCUAUGGAUGAUGCUGAAAAGCAGGGGAUUGAGUGGUUCAAGAAGUAUCUCUCUUAA